AUGGAUAUUCGACAAAUAGAAGAACGAUGCGCCAUAAUGUCAUUGGCUGAGGAAGAAACUGGAGGGCUGGAAGAGCCCGUGAUCCAAGCGAAUCCCGACUCGACGAUCCUUCACAACCUUGUGGGGCGAUUUCUGACCGAUCGGGCAAUCAAAUUCGAUUACAUGCAGCAGGUUAUGGCCUCUGUCUGGCGGCUGGUUAUGGGCAUGCACGUGGUGCCUCUGACGGACGAGCUGUUCCUGUUCCAAUUCCCACACCAGAGAGACCUCCAACGGGUUGUCGACGAAGGUCCGUGGACAUUUGAGAACAACAUGCUAAUCUGUGAGGUAGUUCCGCCGGGCUCCAGACCGGAGGAGAUCAAACUGGAGGCCAUCAGCUUUUGGAUCCAAGUUCAUGGGCUACCGGCUGUAUAUGCCUCCACUGCGUUCCUAACGCAAAUUGGGAAUUACAUUGGAACCUUCAUCACCACAGAUCCGCUCAAUUUUGGGGGAGCAUGGCGUAGUUUUAUGCGCAUCAGAGUGCGAUUGGAUGUAGCGGCACCUCUGAAGAGAAGGAUGAAGAUUCUGCGAAAAGAUGGGACAGUGCAAUGGAUAAAUUUCAGGUAUGAAAGACUCAGUACAUUUUGCUUUUGCUGUGGUGUCCUCGGCCACUCAGACAAAUUCUGUAGAAGAGUGUAUGAAGAGGGUAUAGAGCUGGACGAAUUUCCGUUCGGAACAUGGAUGCGCGCUAGUAGUCGUCGCCAAGUGAAGCCCGUAGGUGCCAAAUGGCUUCUUGGCUCCUCUACGCAACCCAUUGUGCCGUCUAACAUUCCCGCUGCUGGGCCAUCCCCUCUUAAUGUGAUGGCCAUGUAA